GCCGUGGAUGUGAAGCUUAAAAACUAGUCUAAGACAGAUUUGGACGUGUAAAAUGGCAUCUGAAGGUUUUACUGAGGUGGACUUCACUUGUCCUGUGUGCUUUGACUUUUUCAUAAAUCCUGUUGUCCUGAACUGCAGUCACACCAUCUGUUCAAACUGCAUCCAGGCGUUUUGGGAAAGUAAAAGAAUUAGGGAAUGUCCCAUGUGCAGAGAGAUAUCGACAGUGAAUGAUCCUCCGUUAAAUCUGGCAUUGAAGAACCUGUGUGAGACCUUCCAGCAGGAGCGAAGUCAAAGACCUUCCUCAGGAGCCGAGGCCGUCUGCAGCGCUCACAAAGAGAAGCUGAAGCUCUUCUGUCUGGAUGAUCAGCAGGCCGUGUGUUUGGUGUGUCGAGACUCCAAACUACACACCGACCACAGCUUCUGUCCCAUAGAUGAAGCCGUGCACAAUAACAAGGAGAAACUCAAAGCUGUACUGGAAAACUUACGGGAGAAGAUGGGAAUAUUUGAUAAUUUUAAACAGACAUUGGAUCAGACUGCUGACAUUAAUAAGGUCCAAACUGAAGAAGCAGAGGAGAAGAUCAAGAAGGAGUUCGAGGAACUUCAAGAGAUACUACGCAACGAAGAAGUGGCCAGAAUAACAGUACUGCAAGAGGAAGAGAAGCAGAAGAGUCAGAUGAUAAAGGAGAAGACUGGGAAGACCAACAAACAGAUCGUAUCUCUCAAAUGUGCGAUCAGAGACGUAGAGCAGCAGAUGAAGGCUGAAGAUGAUUCAUUCCUGCAGAACUUUAAGAGCACAUUGCAAAGAUCCCAGUUCAACCUGCCAGAUCCGGGGAAUGUUUCCGAUUUGCUGAUCAAUCCCCAAGAAUACCUGAGUGACCUGAGGCUCACUGUGCUCCAGAAGAUUGACAGCUCCAGGGAGGAGCCCAGUGUGAGGGGGGCCCAGACUAACAGACGGGGCCACAGUUCCAGAGGGGGGCCCAGUGUCAGGGGGGACUCCACUUUCAGAGGAGGCCAGAAUUUCAGAGGGGACCCCAGCGUCAGGGGGGGCCACAAUUUUAAGGAGGACCCCAAUAACAGAGGGGACUCCAGUUCCAGGGGGGAUGCUAGUUUUAAGGAGGACCCUACUUCCAGAGGGGGACACAAUUUUAAAAGGGGGCACCACCCUAGAGGGGACCCCAGUUUCAGGGGUGGGCAAAAUUUUAAGGAGGACCACAGUAACAGAGGGGACCCCAGUUUCAGGGGGGGCCACAAUUUUAGGGAGGACCACAGUAACAGAGGGGACCCCAGUUUCAGGGGGGCCCACAAUUUUAGGGAGGACCACAGUAACAGAGGGGACCCCAGUUUCAGGGGUAUGCAAAAUCUUAAGGAGGACCAGAGUAACAGAGGGGACCCUAGUUUCAGGGGUGGGCAAAAUCUUAAGGAGGACCAGAGUAACAGAGGGGACCCUAGUUUCAGGGGAGGUCACAAUUUUAAGGAGGACCACAGUUACAGAGGGGACCCCAGUUUCAGGGGAGGUCACAAUUUUAAGGAGGACCACAGUAACAGAGGGGACCCCAGUUUCAGGGGGGGCCACAAUUUUAGGGAGGACCACAGUAACAGAGGGGACCCCAGUUUCAGGGGUGGGCAAAAUCUUAAGGAGGACCAGAGUAACAGAGGGGACCCUAGUUUCAGGGGUGGGCAAAAUCUUAAGGAGGACCAGAGUAACAGAGGGGACCCUAGUUUCAGGGGAGGUCACAAUCUUAAGGAGGACCAGAGUAACAGAGGGGACCCCAGUUUCAGGGGAGGUCACAAUUUUAGGGGAAACUCCAAUUUCCGAGGGGAUCACAGGGUUCACAGUACUGGGGGAGCACAUAGAUUCAGAGGGGGCCGGAAUUACAGAGAGGCCUUUAAUAGCGAGGGGGCCAAAGCUCCAGAGGGUGCAGAGGAGUUCUAG